UCUUCCAUUAGUUCAUGCACAGAAUGAUGACUUUCUUUAGAAGUUCAGCAGGACAAAACUUAAUCGGCUUUUAAUAUACUUCAACCACUUCAUCUCAAUGGGUCCGGGAGCGCUAGAAAUUUGUAUGUUUGAUAAAAAAUGUUUCUGGAAUUCUGAAUGAAUGAAGCUGGGGAUUCCCUUUUGGCAAACCGACACGUGAUAGAAAUUUGCAGCCGGCGAUGCCAUCAGUUAUAUUUUUGGUGUAUUUAUUUCGCAUUUGGAUGUAUUUUGCUCCCAUUGACGAGACACAUUCGGAUAAAAUGCAACCAAUAAUAAGAAAGGAAUAUUAUGAAACGUACUUUCAACCGCUCCAAGUCGUACACUGAGCAAGGUUACGUUCCUGUAGCGACUGAAGAAUCUGAAGCAGAAGAAGUUUUUGCAUCUAAUUCCCCGUCAAUAAAAAGAUCCAGUCCACGGAGAACUCUGUCUGAUUCUGGAGCAGAUAAAGCCAAACGUUCAUUUUGCAUGUCUUCAAUGGAAUCAAACACUGAGUCCAACAUGUCGACUGCUCAGCCAGAGAGGGAAGAGUUUAUUCCGAUGGAAAAGGAGCCCGAACAGAAGAAUGCCGAAAACAGACAAAGGCUAAAAGGAAAUAAAAAAAUCAUUUUAGUCAUUGUCCUAUUUUCAGUUUCUCUGGUACUCCAUCUGUAUUCAUUGGCGGAUUUCCUUCAAGAAAAUAACAAUUCAUCAACAGAUACUUCCAGAUUAAAAGGAAGCAACAAGAACAAAACAGACACAGCUCUUUCAAAUUCCACUCGGUGUCUCCUGACCAUUAAUUAUGAAAAAUACAUCGAAGGAGUUGAUAAACAUCGAGAUUGCAGUCUAGUCACUAUACAAGAUGUUCAAGAAAAUAUAACUGAUUAUGAACAUUGUGUUGGUGAUCUAUAUCUUCUGAAGAAAUGCCUUUGUACAAAGCAAAUACACCAUCCUAAAGGGACAUGUGGACCAUUCACACUGAAAAAUUACCAAUGCAACAACUGUUCAGCUCUUUUUCCAGACUGUCAAAAUGGUGGCAUCAAGGUGGGUUGUGGGACAAAGUGUCUUCUUACAGAGAGCGACUGUGGAGUAUGUAGCUGCCCAGGAAAUGAUUUUACUGGGAAUUAUUGCCACCUACCAAAAAAACUAGAAUGUAGCAGUUGCUUGGGAAACGAUUGUGGUUCACUGCCUCCAUGUAAUAACAGAACCGAAUACCCUUGUCAGUAUACGAGUAGCUUCAACUCGAAAGUUAUGAAUUGUACCAAGCAAGAAAAUAAAAAUGCAAAAGACUGUACUGCGGAACAGAAUAAAACAAAUGAAAAAGAUCCAAUAUACAACAAAUUAAUCUCAAAUGAUGCAAAGGAGAACAAGUGUUUACGGACGUCAAAGAUUGGUUUCUUUGUGCUAGACUGGAUUGUUUUUGUUGCUUUGCUAUUUCAUAUUUCUCAUGCAAUCUGUCAAAGAAUCUGCUGUACAGGGAAAAAAUGCAUACCUGACAUGCUAGAAGAAGAUGGGAAACUAAAUUACGCAUAUUUUGUAUCGGCUUUGUUGUUGGUUGUCAUUCCACCUAUCGUAAACUGCAUCACGUGUUGUUCAACCGCUUGUGAUGUUAUUGGGAAAGUUCUCCCUUUUAUAAAGGCGGGUUUUCUUGUGGCAGUACUUUUUCUUUUACGUGUAAUAUUGCGUGUAAGAGAUGAAAAAACCGAUAACAGAUGAAAUGAGAAAAACGAUAACAAGGGAAAUGACUUGAUGAUGGAGAACUUGGAAUCUAAGGUGAAUCGAUGACCAGCUUACCAUGAACUGUUCAAAACUUUUUUUAAAACGACAAUGUUGUGCUAACACCAUUUGGAUCAUUGACUGCAAGAGCACAGAAAGUCUGUGAUUUAAAAAAAACGCAUAUCUUACGAAAACAAAGGUGGAGUAAACCUUGAACAUCUUUCCAAUAGGUCUCUGAUUUCACUUGCACCUUCUUUUAACGUUAUUUUCUUCAAAGUCAUCAUCACAUUUUUUUAACCAGGUCAAUAAGGAUAAAAGUUAAAAACAAUGAUUUUUAAAAUAUAUAUCCUUCAAGAUAUAUAUACGUAUAUCUAUUUAUUAACUUAAGUAAUAACACUUUAUUUUAGUAAUAU